GGCAUGCACACAUGUGAAACUGCCCUGGCCACUUUAGCUGUGCCUGCAUGUCUCUCCGCUAGCUGCUGAUUCUUUUAGAACUAGUAGUGCUAGCAGUGCCCCCCCAUAAAUCUAUUUGUGGAUUGAUACAUGGAUGCACAUAUUUAUAGCAAGUGGGGGUUUCUAUGUUCCCUGCUUUUCUAGUCGAUCUGUCGUCCUUUGCUCGCAAAUUUUUGUGGUGGGCCGUGGGAGCGAGCAUAUCAUUCCUUCCUCCGAUCGAUCCCCAGCUAGCCGCUCGCAGAUGCUUCAAACUGCAGUGACCAAUCCAAACUGCAUCCCCCUCUGUGCUGUGCCUUUAAAAUAGCAGGUCGUAGAGUGUUCAGAAAGCUAAGUGCCCCCUAACCCUACUACCCUCCUCCUACUCCUACACAGAAAAGCUAGCGUCCCAAGGUUCCUCGAUCCCGAUAAGCUAGCAUCCAAGUGAGAGGUCGUCGUCGUCGUCGUCGUCGUCGUCUAUCCUUCGCCACUUCUCCUUGUGUGGCUACGACGACCAAGCUACGCUCUUUUAAUUUGGUCGGCGACAGCGAGAAGAUGUCAAGAUAUCAUCUGAAGCAGUACGAGAAGGAGCAUAUGAAGAUGGCCAUGCUGAAGCAAGAAGAGACGUUCAGGCAACAGGUUCAAGAGCUGCACCGGCUGUACCGGGUCCAGCAGCUCCUGACGGCCAAAGACGCGGCGAACGAGGCAACAAUGGCAAUGCCGCCCGCCGCCGCCCGACGAUGCAAACUCGAGGACGACGACGAGAGGCGCCGCGCCGCGGAGAACGACGCCGGCUCGAGCAGGUCGUGGCCGGACGACGCCUACUCGCGGCAGCAGCAGGGCCAGGGGAAUAAUAACAAGGCCCCUCCUCCGCUCGUUCUCCAAGAGAGCGAGCUGGAGCUGACGCUGGCUCUAGGGUGUUUCGGCGCGGGGGCGGCUGCCGGCACGAAGAAGGCGGCGGUGGCGGCCAAGAAGGAGGCGUCGUCCAGCGUGGACUCGAGGACGAGCUUCUCGUCGUCGUCGACGGAGUCCGGCAGCCCCGACGACUGCGGCGGGGUCCGCCGGCUGCCUCCUCCGUCUCUGAUCGGGUCGGUGCUGCCGGGCCAGCAGCCUACUAGUGCUGGCAGCGUUGGGCAGCGUCGUCUGGAGCAGGAAGGGCUGCCGCAGCCUCCUCCCUGGAUCCACAAGUGUCUGAAUUUGGCACGGUAGGGUAGUUCCGGGUCUCACUGUAUUCUUGGUACCAACCACUCGAUUCUUAUGCCACUGCAGAUACUUCUCUUCUCGAUCUUCUGUGCUAUUUCUUCAGUCUUUUUCCAUCCGUGGAUGAAACCUGCUGCUAUACUCAUCUGAAGCUACGGUGAAAUUUCACUA